CCCGCCGCCUGCAUCUGCACCUCUGAUCUGCUGAGCUGCAGCCAGAAGACACUGCAGAAUGUGCCCCAGGCACUGCCGUCCACCACCACCACGCUGGACCUCAGCCACAACGCCCUCACUCAGCUCCCUGACCGCUGGCUGGCUGCACUCCCGCACCUCGAGGCCCUCCACAUUAGCCACAACCAGAUUCAAGACCUUCCUCCGCAGGCUUUCCACAAUGCCUCCUACCUGCGACACCUGGACAUGUCCUCCAACCACCUGCACGCCGUUGAGACACACUACUUCGAGGCACUGGUGAGCUUGGAGGAGCUGCUGCUCUACAACAACCGCAUCAUACGGGUGGAUGAAAACGCCUUCGCCAAGCUGAGCGGUCUGCGGAAAGUCUACCUGAGCUGGAACAACCUGAGCACCUUUCCCUUCCAUGCAGUGCAGGGGCUGGGAAUCUACAACCUCCGCACACUGGACCUCUCCUCCAACAGCCUGAGCAGCAUCCCCGUGGAGGUGCUGGCAGCUCUGCCCGAAAACAUCAGGAACGGCUUGUACUUGCACAACAACCCCAUCAAGUGCAGCUGCUCACUUUACCUGAUGCUCCUGCGCUGGAACCAGCGAGGUUUCAGUUCUGUGAAGGAUUUCUUUGAGGAACACACCUGCAAGGUGUCUGACAAUGUGCCCAGGUCCCUGAUCAAACUCCUUAACUCCAGCCACAUGUUUGAGCACUGUUCGGCUGGCCCUGAAGACAUGCACCCCUUGCCCUUGCGGGUGAUGGCAGGCCAGCCCAUCCUGCUCACCUGUAACACCAGUCUGCCGCGUGCAGCCAGCGCCUAUAUGUGGAUCUCCCCUCACCACGAGGCCAUCAAGCACCCAGGGAACAGCAACCGCUCGCUGGAGGUCUACCACAACGGCAGCCUGAAGAUUGCUGUGGCCAAACCUUGGCACUCGGGGGUUUACGUAGGCCUGGCCAUCAACAGCCCCCGCAAUUUCAGCAGACUGUGUGAGGUCAACGUGACCGUCCAGUACCGCAAGCCAGACAGUGAGACCUUCAACACUGGUCUCACAACCCUGCUGGGGUGCAUUGUGAGCCUGGUGCUGGUAAUCAUCUACUUGUACCUCACACCAUGCCGCUGCCUGAGCUGCUGCAAGAAGCCAGCUCCUCUCAGCCCUCCACAGGAGUGCAGUGCCCAGUCCUCCAUCCUCAGCACCACUCCCCCGGCCACUGAUGGGCCAAACCGCAAGGCCAGUGCCAGCAAGCAUGUAGUCUUUCUUGAGCCCAUCAGGGAGACGCAGAAUGGCAAGAUGUGCCUGGCCCUUGGUGAAGACUUCCCUGAUCCCAGGCACUCCAAGGUCCUGCAGCUCAAGUCAGACACAGAGUCCAUCAGCUCCGUCUUUUCUGACACCCCCAUUGUGCCAUAG